AUGUCUACGAGUAACCUCACAUUAGAUUCUAGAAUUCGGCUCAAGGACGGACGGGAGAUACCCCAUAUCGGCUUUGAUGGUCUAAUUUCUGGCAACUAUGCAGGUGUCUAUGAAAUGUCUGGCGAAGAGGCCUAUAGGAGUGUCACGAUUGCGCUUGAGGCGAGAUAUCGUCUCAUUGAUUCAGCCGCAUGGUACGGGAACGAGGCAGAAUGCGCAAAGGCGAUCAUCGACUUUUGCACAUCAACAAAUACACCACGCUCAAGCAUCUGGUUCACCACAAAACUUCAAAGCAAUAGAGGAUACAGCGCGACCAAGCGAGCUAUUGAGACAUCGUUCGAAAAGUGUCGUGGCUUAGAAUAUAUCGACCUCUACCUCAUUCACAGCCCACUGGGUGGACCACAGAUGCGAAAGGAGAGCUGGAAGGCAGUGCUAGAGGCGAAAGAGGAAGGCAAACUAAGGAGCGUGGGCGUGAGCAACUACGGCGUUGCACAUCUUGAUGAGAUGAUGGCAGACGGUGUGGAGAUGCCAGUCAUCAACCAGGUCGACUUGCAUCCAUUCAUGACAAGGGAUCCUAUUGUCGAGCGUUGUAGGGAACUUGGAAUUGUCCUUGAGGCAUGGGGUCCUGUUGUUCGUGGCCUCCGCUUCAAGCAUCCAACCAUUGUCGAACUCGCCAAGCGGCACUCCAAGUCUCCAGCCCAAAUCCUUCUCCGCUAUUCGCUGCAAAGAGGCUACAUCCCCCUUCCAAAAUCUGUGACCAAGGAGCGCAUCAUCGAAAAUAAAAACUUGUAUGACUUUGAGUUAUCUGACAAGGAGAUGGAGACUCUUCAUGGUUUGGACGAGUAUCUCGUCACGGACUGGGAUGUGACGGACGCCGACUAA